CCGCACUGCCAACAAAAUUAUAAGUAGUUGCUUCAGCUUGCUUGGGAACAUCUGGAGUUUGGAGGAUGAUAUAUAGUAGUAGGUCUCUGUAGCAAUUUUAGAGACGUUGAAAGCCAGAUUGAGUUACUGGUCUUAGCAGUUAUAUAGCUCCUAGGAUCUUAUGUCUAUGGAAAGGGAUUAAUCCUUCCUUUCUGCAGACUUGACGCUGCCACCCAGUGAAAUAUUUUUGUGAGCUUGUCUGUAAUUUGGUGAAUCUUUACUUAUCACCAGAGAUAAGUAAGCGGUUGUGACUAUUUUUUGAAAUCUAGCAUAGCACUAGGCAGCAACUUGCAAGAUAUCUUUUCCUGCAUAAAACCACAGAGAAUUGGAAUUCUUAAAGACGACUUGAGAAAAUUGGCUCCUUCAUCCAGAAUGAUAACCUGUGGACCAGCCUUCUCCUUCGCUCGGAGCCUCUUGCGGAGAAAAAUCGUCACUGUGGACAGCCUUGAAGAUAGCAAAUUAUGCCGCUGUUUAUCCACCAUGGACCUUAUUGCCCUGGGAGUAGGAAGCACUCUCGGUGCUGGCGUUUACGUCCUCGCUGGAGAAGUUGCAAAAGCAAAUUCCGGACCUAGCAUUGUCGUUUCUUUCCUCAUAGCAGCCUUGGCUUCCGUGAUGGCAGGGCUUUGUUACGCGGAAUUUGGUGCUCGCGUUCCAAAGACUGGCUCUGCCUAUCUGUACACUUACGUCACUGUUGGCGAACUCUGGGCUUUUAUCACAGGCUGGAAUCUCAUUUUGUCUUAUGUCAUAGGUACAUCAAGUGUAGCAAGAGCGUGGAGUGGUACCUUUGAUGAACUCCUUGGGAAACAAAUUGGUUACUUUUUCAGGACCUACUUCAGAAUGAAUUAUUCAGGUCUAGCAGAGUACCCAGAUUUUUUUGCAGUCUGCCUUAUAUUGCUCCUAGCAGGCCUAUUAUCAUUUGGAGUCAAAGAAUCUGCAUGGGUGAAUAAAGUCUUCACUGCUGUUAACAUCUUGGUCCUCCUCUUCGUGAUGACUUCUGGUUUUGUGAAAGGCGAUCUUCAUAACUGGAAGAAAACAGAAGAAUUUCUUAUAAACUACACAGUAUACAUAGAAAACCUGUCAUCUUCUGAAAAUGUGACAAGUGCAUUUGGGGUUGGUGGCUUCAUGCCAUAUGGCUUUACAGGAACACUGGCUGGUGCUGCAACCUGCUUUUAUGCUUUUAUAGGAUUUGAUUGCAUCGCAACAACUGGGGAAGAAGUCAAGAAUCCCCAGAAAGCCAUACCUAUUGGGAUUGUAACUUCCUUGCUUGUCUGCUUCUUGGCCUACUUUGGUGUUUCAGCUGCUUUAACUCUGAUGAUGCCAUACUAUUUAAUUGAUGAGAAAAGUCCUCUCCCUGUAGCCUUUGAGUAUGUCGGAUGGGGCCCAGCGAAAUAUGUUGUAGCAGUCGGAUCUCUGUGUGCUUUAUCAACAAGUCUCCUUGGAUCCAUUUUCCCAAUGCCGCGUGUAAUCUAUGCUAUGGCGGAGGAUGGGUUGCUUUUCAAAUGUCUAGCUCGUAUCAAUCCCAAAACGAAGACUCCUGUUGUUGCUACUUUGUCAUCAGGUGCUGUAGCAGCUCUGAUGGCUUUUCUCUUUGACCUAAAAGCUUUAGUAGAUAUGAUGUCCAUUGGUACGCUUCUCGCGUAUUCGCUAGUAGCAGCGUGUGUCCUCAUUCUUAGGUACCAACCCAGUUUAAACUAUGAACAGCCAAAAUAUUCAGCGGAAAAAGAGGCUCUUGCGGGAUCAGAGAGAGAAAGUACGAAUGAAUCUCAACUGAGUAUGGUACCAGGACACAGUUUCAGCUUACAAACACUGAUUAAUCCAUCAAGUUUGCCCACGGAACAGUCUGCCACCAUGGUUAGCUUUCUUGUAUGUCUGUUGGCUUUCCUGAUUUGUGGCUUAAGCAUUUUGGCCACCAACGGGAUUCAUCUUCUUGCCAAUCUGGAGCCUUGGAGUAUUUGUCUCUUUGCAGUACUUUCAGUGCUGUUUAUCACCAUUGUACUUGUCAUCUGGAGGCAACCUCAGAGUCAACAGAAAGUAGCGUUUAUGGUUCCACUCCUGCCAUUUUUGCCAUCUUUGAGUAUCUUGGUGAAUAUUUACUUAAUGGUACAACUAAGUGGAGAGACUUGGAUCCGGUUUAGCAUCUGGAUGGCGAUUGGCUUCUUUAUUUACUUUGCUUAUGGCAUCCGACAUAGUGUGGAAGGCCGUCCUAGGGUGGAAGAUGAAGAUGACGAGGACGACAGCUGCUCCGAAAAAAGCGCAGCUCCAGAAAAGAUCUAUGUAAAAGAAGCAAACGAGAUUGAAAAUGCAAGUGAAAGUGCUCAGUUUAUUACACAUGAAAGGACAAGUGAAUGUUAAUGGUUGCUAACUACCAUGCUGUGUACAUCUUUUGAGUAGUGUAACAGAAUGUAGUUGGGGUUUUUUUUGGGGGGGGGGUGGAAUGCCAAAACACUUGCUCCCAAAAGGUUAGCAGUAACCUACUUGUGCUUUGUGAAAACAUCAAUAAUGGUCUAAACCGACUGCUAGAUAUUUCAUCCAGUGGAGAUUUACCUCAAAUUGUGGUUGCCUGAAGUAAAAACUGCCAAGGAAGUGGAGGGGAACAAACUCCCGUCGGCUGAUUUUGCCUGUUGUGCUAAAAAUGUUGGGAAUUUCCUUAGCGCACCAUCCUACAACUUGAACUGGCAUAAUGUUAUAUAAUUAGGAAUGUUUAAAGGAGGGAAGCUGAACCAUUUUAGGUUGUGUUAUUGGGGACACAUUUUCUUGUUUCUGUCUUUUAAAAAUGUGCGUAGCAGUGGUCAGUAACUAGGUAGCUAAACUGUUUAGCCUCUCAAACUUUAAAAAAGGGAAGAAAAAAAACCUAUUUAAAAAAGCCAGUUACCCAGAUGAAUACAUAGAGCAGAAACUUGGCAGCCUUUUGCAUUGCGAUGUAGUGCUUCUCUGUUUUAAAAAGUGCUAAAUUUUUGCUACCACUGUAUAUGCAAAUAAUGUAUGCCGCGAACAUCCUUUUGAAAAGCAGUGUUUGUAAUGCCUAACAUAUGGAUGGGCUCCGUAUAGAAUGUUUUGAAAUUACCUUUUACCAGUCGUGUUCCAAAUUCUCCUUCUCAUUGGUGACAAUCAAAAAGCCACACCACAUGGUUCCUAAGAUGUAAGAAACUUCAGAACAGUGGCAAACAGCAUGUGCCUAUGUAACUGGGAAUUUUUCUAGUCCAGGUGCACCUAUGGAAUUGCCCUGUGUUAGUGCUGAAUGUGUAAACCCUCUGAGGUUGUAAGUAGCUGCCCUAGGUCCAAUGACUGAUGAACUGUGUACCUUCCAAGUCUCUGGCCCACCAAGUUUAUUCAUUAAUUUCUGUAACUAAGGAAAAUGAAACUGUCAGCCAUAAAUCGGCUGCAUUCAGAUGUCACAGUAAACCAUGGCUGCUUAUGAUGCGAACAAGCUGUAGUGAACCUCAGGCUUGCAUGCUUCUCCCCUUUCAUCCUCUCCUCUGGCGUGGCUACAAGAUGGAAUUUGGAAGUUUGAACUUCUUCUUUUGAGUAACCGCAGCAGGGCAUUUUUGCCCCAAACCAACGAAUUGUCAGUAAUCUUAAUUGUGGCUUGUUUG